GAUAAUCUCACCCUCAGAGAUGUUUCAGUAAGUUUUUCUCAGACUGGACACCUUCCAGGCCUGGGCACAAUUCUUUCCCCUGGUACAGCUCUUGUUGCAGCUCAGGUGGUAGCUAGGGGAUUCUUCAUGAUGGCUUCUCCCCCUCUGUUCUCUUCCCCCCUUUAUAUAUCUUUUGCAUAAGGCAGGAACUCUUUGUCUCUCUGGGUUUCCACCCCCACCUCACUGGAAAAGCACCAGGUUAAAGAUGGAUUCCAGUUCAGGUGACAUGAUCACAUGUCACUGCAAGACUUCAUUACUCACUUGCCAGCACACACAUAUACAGGAAGACUUACAGUUCAAGACACCUGAGAGCUCCACAGCAGGGCAGCAUCCCCAGAGCGCAGCAGGGCGGGGGUUAGGGGGAGCAGUCGGUAGCAGCCCCUGCCCCUCGUACGGCAGGAGCGAGAAGUGCCAGCCCCUCUGCACAGAGCAGCAGUGUUCAGCCUGGGCCAGACGUGCUGCGGUGAUGGCUGCCCGGUGCCCUCGUCUCCUGCUCCUCACCGGCCUGGUGGCCCUGUCAGCCCCAGUUCUGACCCUGGAAAUACACAACCUGAACAUUUUAAAGGGACCCACUCAUGCAAUCAGGAACUUCCACCCAAAGCACCUGAAGGCAGAUCAGGGGAAAGGGAGCCUGCGGCACAGCCGAGCCAGUGACCCGCAGUUACCAGAGGCCCACGUCUGGCCCAAGGACUGCAGCGAGAUAACCUGGAACAGGGUCAGUGUCGUCUUUGUCAUCCAGCCCACAGGAUUCCACCAGAUUGUCGUUUACUGUGACUUGAACAGCACCAGCGAGGGCUGGACGGUCCUCCAGCGGAACCGGCGCGACACACAGAUCACCUGGGCUGAGUCCUGGAGCACCUACAAGUACGGCUUUGGCAACGUGCAGGAUGACUACUGGCUGGGGACGGAGUACAUCUAUCGGAUCGCCAAGCAGAAGGUCUACCAGGUCAGGUUUGUCAUCCACGAUUCAUCCGGCACCAUGAAAUACGCAGACUACAACCUCUUCAGUCUGGAAGACGAGUCCAAAGGCUACAGGCUGAGGCUGGGCUCUUACACUGGGACUUCAGGGGACGCCAUGACUUCAAACAAUCCUAGCACCGUGCAUGACAACAUGAAGUUCUCUGCUAAAGACCUGGAUCAGGACACUUAUGGUGGGAACUGUGCGUCUAGCUAUGAGGGGGGCUGGUGGUACUCGGCUUGUCAUUCUGUUCGACUGAACGUCAAAGGGAGCAUCACUUGGGGUAGUUUCUGUAGUGGGAACUGCCAAGCCUCCGCCAUCCUCAUCAAACCAGCAUCCUACUGUUAGUCACCCCUUCCCCACCCUCCUGUCUGCAGUGAGGCCAACCCCUGCUCCACGAAGGGAGGGAAAAGGGUCAGCGUGUGUCAUGGCCAAACCUCACACCCAACUCGGAGGGGGAAGUAUCAUGUUUAUCCAAAAUGAGGCAACUUUCUCUUUUCUUUUCUUCCGUGCACUUUCCGAGCUAAUCUCUGCUGGGCACUUGUGCUUUGCGUUGACUUGACUUAGUGAUAUUCGUAAUCAGAAGAAUCAUUUGCAAAACCUGCAGUAUCCAGAUGUAGAAGCUCCGGGGAGAGUAAAUGCCUCAGAUCCGUAGUGACUUUUCAGUGUCUUUUGCUCUCAGACUCAUGGGCAGUUCCAGAGGUCACAGGGGUGAGGAAAUCCAGAAACACAGAAGGGUUUUUAUAAACUCCCGCUCUACUGCUCAUUAGCAGGGAUUAAAGCUUCACAUUAAAAAGGCAUUUUAAAUGUG